GUCCUUUUCCGGUGUUUGACGCGUGCCUCUGCUGCAGUUUAAGUUUUCUCGAGCGGCUGCUUGGGGCACCGAUGGCGGAGCGCAGGCGGGGCAGUGGCAGAGGACGAAGCGGGCUCGGGCUUUACGGGGCGGCCGCCGCCGUUUUGGCCGGGCUGGAAAGCGGGGAGGGUUCUCUGAAGACCCUUGUGUACGGAAGCAGCUUCCAGAACCCUCGGCUGCUGUUCGCUCUUGUGUCAGAGACCCUGCGCUAUUCUGAUGUGUUGGACUCUAUCUUGGGUGCUGCUGGUUUGCUCCGCAUCGAAAAGAAGCUGCAACCCCAGCUGGCUAAGGUGCUGGUGUAUGACUUGCUCUUUGGCAAGGGAAUGUGCGGUGGUGGGCGUGGGAAGGCCUUGGUGCUGAAGCACCGCGCACGGCUACAGGCUGAGCUUGCUCGCUUGAAAGUCCAGAAGAAAGUGAGCCGCAACGAAGACCUGCUGCCACCUCUGGGAGCUGAGGAUGCCCCGCGGGUGCCACGCUAUGUCCGGGUGAACACGCUAAAAACGCACCUAGAUGAUGUUGUGGAUUACUUCAAACGACAGCACUACUCAUAUCAGGGCAAGGCUGGCAGCAUGGAGGAAGUGAGCUCCUUGUCAGGAAAGAAAUUCUUCCUGGACCCCCACAUUCCUGAGCUGCUGAUCUUUCCUCCGCAGACAGACUUCCAUGACAACCAGCUCUAUGUAGCUGGGCAUAUUAUCUUGCAAGACAAGGCCAGCUGCCUCCCCGCUUUUCUCCUCAACCCCCCACCAGGGUCCCAUGUGAUUGAUGCAUGCGCUGCACCUGGUAACAAGACCAGCCAUCUGGCUGCUAUCCUGAAGAACAAGGGCCGGAUCUUUGCCUUCGACUUAGAUGCCAAGCGCCUAGCUACCAUGAGCACGAUGUUGAUGCGAGCUGGGGCCACCUGCUACCAGCUGGCGCAUCAAGAUUUCUUAGCUACAGACCCUCGUGACUCCAAGUACAGUCAAGUGAAAUACAUCCUUCUGGACCCCUCAUGCAGUGGCUCAGGAAUGACCAACCGGCUUCCAGUGGAGGAGAAUGCCCCGCUCCCAGAGCGGCUACAAGCACUGGCUGGAUUUCAGAGAAAGAUGCUGGCACAUGCCUUGAACUUCCCUUCCCUCCAACGCCUGGUUUAUUCCACAUGCUCAGUGCACCAAGAAGAGAGUGAGGAUGUAGUGCAGGAUGUGCUGCAGCAGCAGGGAAAAGACUUCAGGCUGGUGAAAAUCCUGCCCUCUUGGUUGCAUCGUGGCGUGGGCGCCUUUGCUGAGGCCAAGUGCUGUCUCCGCGCAUCCCCCAAAGAAACUCUGACAGACGGGUUCUUCGUUGCGGUCCUGGAGAGGAGGCGCGCAGGGGCCUCUGAAGAAAGCUCUACAGCUGAACUCCCCGAGACGGAAAACAGUACAGGAGGAGACGCUUGUCCCGUUCCCAAAAAAAGGAUGAAACAGGCAAGAAGUGCUUUGUGAACGAACGGUGGAAUUUAUGCACAAGAAGCUUCCACAGGCGGAUGAAACCCUGACUGCUUGUGAGAAUUGCAGCAGUGGUGUGCCGAGACAGUGGACGUUUUGUAGUUUGAGACAAAAUAAAGACUCUUUACUGUCAAAUGGGCA